AUGUCCAAACAGUUUGUGAUAGUUAUGUUAGGUUCUGGAGCUGUGGGGAAGUCUUCACUGACCGUUCAACUUGUGAAUGGUAUAUUUAUGACGGCGUAUAAUCCGACCGUGGAAAACUCAUUUAACACAACAAUAAAUGUAGAUGGGCAAAUGAUUCCAUUAAGUAUUCGAGACACAGCAGGGCAAGAGGAAUACACCAGUCUUCGAGACCAAUACAUUCGCAGUGGCGAUGGCUUUAUAGGUGUCUACUCAAUUAUCUCGAAAACCUCAUUCUUAGAGAUAUCCAACUUAGAUGAUUUGCUCUAUAGAGUUCUCGAAAAGGAUCAUAAUGAAAAGUUUCCCAUAGUGAUUGUUGGUAACAAAUGUGAUUUAGAAGAGAUGCGAGAAGUAUCAAAUGAGGAAUUGAAAAAGUUGGCAUCUGAAUGGGAUUGCCCCUGUUAUGAGACUUCUGCAAAGAACAAGAUAAAUGUCCUCGAAUCUUUUCAAUCGGUUGUGAGAGAAAUCCGUCGAAGAGCUCCAAAAACGGUUCAGGAGGAAAAAGUUCAAAAGAAAAAGAUUUGUACACUUUUAUGA